UCACACUUUCUAACAAGCCAUUUCACAACAUCCAGACAGCGGAUCAGCAGCAGCAGCAGCAGCAGCUUCGCCCUCGGGGCUCUGUUCUCUCCCCGUCGUCGACCAUAACUAACAAUUAGGAUACGGCACGCGCACCGAGACCAAUUACUGGACUUAAUCUAUCAUAAUGCCUCCUUUUCGAUCGGCUGAUAGUGAAAUGAGUUAGGCAAUGGCUGCAGAGAUCCGUGCGCGGCGGGUGCGAGAAGUGGCCGUUUAAAUAAGUAAGAGAAAGAAGGAAAAAAGCACUUUGAUUUGCCUGCAGAGCUGACUUUGGAGAGAGCGAUCAUGUCCGGGCUGCUGCUGGAUGUUACACUCAGACAGAAGCUGAGUGCGUUUCAUUUCGGAUUACUGUGAUACCGGGGGCUUUUUUUGUUUUUUAAGGAGUAGAUUUUUUUGAUUUUCCCCAGGAGUGUGAAUCCUCCGGCUCCUGUUCGCUGUCCUCCGCGUUCCUGCAGGACUCCAGAGUCGCGGAGAGCCCAUGCAGCCGCUAAGGGAGAGGAGCGCAGUGCGACCCCGAGCUGGAUGGAUGGUUAUGGGGGAGAGAGGGAGACCCUCGGCGCUUGAAGUGUGCGGAUUCCUCGCCGUGUUUGUGGCACUUUUCCCCUCCGCGAGUCUGCAGUGCAAGAUCCUCAAGUGUAACUCCGAAUUUUGGGCCUCCACCUCGAACUCUGGCCCGGAGGAGGAGUACUGCAAGGCGGUGCGAGCGUACAACAGCUGCGUACGCCGCACGGCGCGCACAUGCAGGGGCGACCUGACGUACCACUCCGCCCAGCAUGGCAUCGAGGACCUGAUGAGCCAGCACAACUGCUCCAAGGAGGGGCCCACGUCGGCCACCCGGAUCCCGCCGCCGCCCCCUCCGCCUCCGGCCGUGGUGACCGACAGCCAGGAGCUCUUCAACGGCCCGGACGCCUGCCACUAUGAGCGCAGCCUCCCGCGCGACACGCCACCGCCCAACUACAUCCACUGCGGCUUCUUCGGGGACCCGCAUCUCCGGACGUUUGGCGACGACUUUCAGACGUGCAAAGUGGAGGGAGCCUGGCCGCUCAUCCACAACAAGUACCUGUCCGUGCAGGUGACCAACUCCCCGGUCGUGCCCGGAUCCCUGGCCACCGCCACCAGCAAGCUGACCAUCAUCUUCAAGAACUUCCAGGAGUGCGUGGACCAGAAGAUGUACCACGCCGAGACGGACGAGCUGCCGGCCGCGUUCGCCGACGGCUCCAAGAACGGCGGCGACCGGCACGGGGCCAACACGCUGCGCGUGGUGGAGAAGGCCCCCGGGCAGCACGUGGAGAUCCAGGCCCGCUACAUCGGGACCACCAUCGUGGUGCGGCAGGUGGGCCGCUACCUCACCUUCGCCGUGCGCAUGCCGGAGGACAUUGUGAACUCGGUGGAGGAAGGCGACGACCAGGACUUGUACCUGUGUCUUCACGGCUGCCCGGCCAACCAGCGCAUCGACUUCGGGAACUUCCGGGUCCGGGCGGCGGCGGAGGCGCACGGCGGCGCCGGCGGGAGCAGGAGCAGCUUCAGCUACCAGUCCGCCAAGGCCAAGUGCAAAGAGCGGCUGCCCGUGGAGGACCUGUACUUCCAGUCCUGCGUGUUCGACCUGCUCUCCUCGGGGGACAUCAACUUCACCAUAGCGGCGUACUACGCCUUCGAGGACGUGAAGAUGCUGCACUCGCACAGCAACAGAUACCACAUAUUUGAAAAGCCUCUGAGCAGCAGCGCGGCGCGGGGCGGCAGAGACUUACUCCCGUGCCUCUUCCUGAGCCUCCUCGCCGCUUUGCUAUGGACCGAGAGCCGAGCGUUUCACCUAUAGUCCGUCUACGGCGGGCAGUCUUCGUGUUGUAUCCGUCAGUGAGUGUUAGAGUACCAUCGUCGUGUCUUACACUGGCUCCUCGCUUCUGCUCUGGCCCCGGCGCGCCGACCGGCGGCUCCGUCUGCGGCCCCGACGUCGGCUCGGCGACGGGGAUGAGUUCACCGCUCCUGCAACCUCAUCAUCACGGGCGCUUAGCCGGUUCAUGGGAGCGGCGUUUUGAAGAGAGCAGCAGUGAGAGAGCUCAGGAUAUCCACCUGGGAUUAAAUCCCGCAUUCUCAUCGCGGCUGCAUGCCUAACGAGAAGCCAGACAAGAUGAUCUUUUGCAGAAAGAGGGGUUUGCUGACCCUCCCCCUCCUCCCCACUCCUGCCCCGAUCCGAUCUGCGCGCUGGUGCCAAGCCAGCGGAGCUCUCCGUGGCUCAUGUGGCAAAAGCAUGAGGACCUGACAGGGGCUUUUGUUAACCUAAGGCCAGAAGCAGCUCCACGUUUGAUUAGUUUCCAGCUCUGGAAAAGCCUGAGCCUCUUGGAAGGAAGCGCCCGGCCAAGAGGAUGUCAGAGCAGCGUCUCCAGUUGUCUGCCGCGGAGAUUAAUGGGUCAUAUUGUUAGGUUUUGUGUGAUUGUGUGCGUGCAUGUGUGUGUGUGCAGAAUCCAGCAUCUGUGGUUAAUUUUGUGUGUUUGUGGGUGCAGGAGUUUCCAGAAAUGAGGUGGAUGAAAAAGGAGAAGAAAAAAAAAAAAAAAAAGCCUCCUGUGAGAGAAAUGUUUCCCAUGUCUCUUGUGUUGCACCCAAAUUUUCAGAAAUAGAAAAAGACAAAGCACUCCGGUCCGCUCCAACGGGCUCCGUCAGCCAAAAAAACAAACCAAUAAAAAUGGACCGUUUGCCUCUGGACGUCAUUCCCAGCGACGCUGAGCCUUUUGCCCCCCCUCUCCGCCGCCGCCGGAGCUGACGUGUCCGUCAGCGCCCGCGCUCGGAGACUCUCAUGUGAAUGUAGCAAACAAGAAAGUUAAAAAGAACAAACUCCCAACGAACGGCGGAUCAAAAACACGACGAGCACUUCGAGUCUGGGCCGAGCGGUGCUGAAGACACCGUUCGGCGUUUUUUUGCUCCGCGAGUAAACGAUAAGCACAUGUCUCCGGACGUGAUUUCGCAGCUCAAAGUCGUUGCCAAAGAACAUGCUCUGGUGCCAACAUUUUACCCCGACAACAACGUUUUCCAUCUUUUCGAACUCAAACAGCUCACAUUAGGGGGGACUCUUCUGUACAUAACUCGUGUUCGUGGAGGGAUUUGUCGUUGUUUUUUUUGUUUUGCAGCACACUGAUGAAACGUGUAACACAUACUGUAAAAGCAACGUUUGUGUUUUCAUGCAGCUUCACUUUUUGCUUUUUCUGGUGUUUCAGGUUCUCGGCUGCGGCGUCCGUUUCCCACGUGAACGGUUUUUACGCUCGUUUAUUAAGUACACUGAAGUGUGUGUGGCAGACCUUACUACUGCUAUUUGGAGUUCCUGUAGUUGCAGUUUAACGACGACGACAACAUUAAAAAAUAAAGAAAAGUCCUGCAAACAGAUGAUUGUGAUGUUGAAUCUUGUGUUUAUAGAUGUAAUUUGUAUUACAAGUAUACGGUUCUACAUGUAUUACGUGAGAUUGUACAUGUUUUGUGCGUCGUUGAGCUCUAAUUUGUAAAUCGAACUGUUGUGUUUCGGAAAUUUCACAGCUCCAGUUUUUUGUACAUGAAAUGUUUUGGUGAAUGUGAACCUUUUUGUUUGUUUUUUUUCUUCAAAAGGGAUUAUUUUUGAUUUUUUUUUCCUCUAAAAGCGUGAACACCACAGAGCCGGAGCAGCCUGGACUACGGCACUCAUUUGGUUACUGCAGAAGUCGUGAAUCGUUUGUCGUGAAUCAAACACCCACCUUCCUCGGAGAAUGUAGAAAAGUGUGCUGUGGUGUUUGUGUUUUUGAGUUUGAAGCACUUUAUGUUUUAGUUUGUUUGUUUUCUUUCCAUUUAGCUCUUCUAUUGUUUUGACUUGUGAUGGUUUAAAAAGAACAAAACAAAGAAACAAAAAAAAUAGCUGAAUGGAAAAUGCCAGAUCGAUCAAACUGUGUAUGUAAAUCUUAUAUGGUCCCACAUGACAGGUGUUUAUAAUGUAAGUUAUUUAUUGAAUAAAAUACAAUGUCUUGUUA